CCGCUUACAACUGUCUAUUUUUUUCUCGUCGUGUCUGUGUGUGCUUAAUUAUUUGUUGUGAAAAUUAAGCCAUUUUCGUGUGCUUAAAUAGCGUAAAAGUUGCAUUCGACUGCUAGCAUGGCAUCGGAGGAAGAUAAUGACGAUAAUUUCCAGGAAGAAGAAGAGGCCCAGGAGGACAAUGCACCUCCAGCGGAGCUGUCCAACGAUUCCGAUGCGCCUCUAAAGCCAAACAAUGACGAGGACGAUGACUACGAUCCCGAGGAUAAUCGCAAGAAGAAGAAGGGCAAGAAGCGGAAGACCAGGAAGGGCGAGGAGAAGGGUCGCAAGAAGAAGAAGCGCAAGAAGAACGAGAGCGAGGAGGACAGCGACUUUGUCCAGCACGAUGAGGAGGUGGAGUACCCCAGCACCUCGAAGCGCGGCAGGAAGCGCAAGGAGGAGAAGCAGGCCGCCAAGGAGAAGGAGUCGGCAUCAUCUGGUAUGCCCUCCGUGGAGGACGUAUGCUCGGCUUUCAGCGUGUGCGACGUGGAGAUCGAGUACAGCGAGGAGGAGCUGCAGAGCCUGACCACCUACAAGGCGUUCAUGCAGCAUGUUCGGCCCAUUCUGCAGAAGGAGAACCCCAAGAUCGCGGCACCCAAGCUGAUGAUGCUGGUGGCGGCGAAGUGGCGCGAGUUCUGCGAGAGCAAUCCGCACAUCCAGCAGGAGGGCGGUGGUGCUCCGGGUUCGGGGACUUCCGCCGGACAGGCGCGCAGUGUGGCCGGCGAUGAGCCGGAGGAACCGCGAUCCUCGCGCUCGUCGCGCAACGAGAAACCGGACGACAUCUACGAGGAGGCCGUCGAGGAGGAGGAAGAGGAGGAGGAGGAGGAGAAGAAGCCGCGACGCAAGCGCAGUGGGCGUGGCAAGAAGGGACGCCGUCCCUCCGCCAAGGUGCCCACGCUGAAGAUCAAGCUGCUGGGCAAGCGCAAGCGGGACAGCUCGGACGAGGAGCCAGAGGCCAGCGGUGGCUCCGAACGCGACUCGGAUCUGGAGUUUGAACGCAUGCUCCAGAAAUCCGACGAGAGUGCCGAUGAGAAGGAGACUCCUGCCUCCGCCAAGGCGGAUAACGCGGCAUCAUCCGCUGCCGCUGCCCAGGACGACGGUGGCAACGGUGCUCCGGUGGUGCGCAAGAAGGCCAAGACCAAGAUUGGCAACAAGUUCAAGAAGAAGAACAAACUCAAGAAGACCAAGAACUUCCCGGAGGGUGAGGAUGGCGAGCACGAGCACCAGGACUACUGCGAGGUGUGCCAGCAGGGCGGCGAGAUCAUCCUGUGCGACACCUGCCCGCGGGCCUAUCACUUGGUCUGCCUGGAGCCGGAGCUGGAUGAGCCGCCGGAGGGCAAGUGGUCGUGUCCGCACUGCGAGGCGGACGGCGGUGCCGCCGAGGAGGAGGACGACGACGAGCACCAGGAAUUCUGCCGGGUGUGCAAGGAUGGCGGCGAGCUGCUCUGCUGCGACUCCUGUCCCUCUGCCUACCACACCUUCUGCUUGAAUCCGCCGCUGGACACCAUACCCGACGGCGACUGGCGCUGUCCGCGCUGCAGCUGCCCGCCGCUGACCGGCAAGGCCGAGAAGAUCAUCACCUGGCGUUGGGCCGUGGCCGGCAGCGACGACGGACCCUCCACCUCGAAGGGAUCGUCGAAGAGUGGCAAUGCCCGGGUGCGCGAGUACUUCAUCAAGUGGCACAACAUGUCCUACUGGCACUGCGAAUGGGUGCCGGAAGUGCAGCUGGACGUCCACCAUCCGCUGAUGAUCCGCUCGUUCCAGCGCAAGUACGACAUGGAGGAGCCGCCAAAGUUCGAGGAGUCGCUGGAUGAGGCGGACACCCGUUUCAAGCGCAUUCAGCGCCACAAGGACAAGGUGGGCAUGAAGGCCGACGACGACACGGAGCUGCUGGAGGAGAAGUUCUACAAGAAUGGCGUCAAGCCCGAGUGGCUCAUUGUGCAGCGCGUGAUCAACCAUCGGACGGCGCGCGACGGCAGCACCAUGUAUCUGGUGAAGUGGCGGGAGCUGCCCUACGACAAGUCCACCUGGGAGGAGGAGGGCGACGACAUCCAGGGCCUGCGGCAGGCCAUUGACUACUACCAGGAUCUGCGGGCCGUCUGCACCUCGGAGACCACGCAAUCGCGCAGCAAGAAGAGCAAGAAGGGUCGCAAAUCGAAGCUCAAGGUCGAGGAUGACGAGGAUCGUCCGGUGAAGCACUACACACCGCCGCCGGAGAAGCCCACCACGGACUUGAAGAAGAAGUACGAGGAUCAGCCGGCCUUCCUCGAGGGCACUGGCAUGCAGCUGCAUCCCUACCAGAUCGAGGGCAUCAACUGGCUGCGCUACAGCUGGGGCCAGGGCAUCGACACCAUCCUGGCCGAUGAGAUGGGUCUGGGCAAGACCAUUCAGACGGUCACGUUUCUGUACUCGCUCUACAAGGAGGGCCACUGCCGCGGACCCUUCCUCGUGGCCGUGCCCCUCUCCACGCUGGUCAACUGGGAGCGCGAGUUCGAGCUGUGGGCUCCGGACUUCUACUGCAUCACUUAUAUCGGCGACAAGGACUCGCGAGCGGUUAUCCGCGAGAACGAGCUGAGCUUCGAGGAGGGAGCCAUCCGUGGCAGCAAGGUUUCGCGACUGCGGACCACCCAGUACAAGUUCAAUGUGCUGCUGACCAGCUACGAGCUGAUCUCCAUGGAUGCCGCCUGUCUGGGCAGCAUCGAUUGGGCAGUGCUGGUGGUGGACGAGGCUCAUCGGCUGAAGAGCAACCAGAGCAAGUUCUUCCGCAUCCUGAACAGCUAUGCCAUUGCCUACAAGCUGCUGCUCACCGGCACACCGCUGCAGAACAACCUGGAGGAGCUGUUCCAUCUGCUCAACUUCUUGAGCCGCGACAAGUUCAACGAUCUGCAGGCCUUCCAGGGCGAAUUCGCGGACGUUUCGAAGGAGGAGCAGGUGAAGCGUCUGCACGAGAUGCUCGGACCGCACAUGCUGCGUCGCCUGAAGACGGACGUGCUGAAGAACAUGCCAUCCAAGUCCGAGUUCAUUGUGCGCGUCGAGCUGUCGGCCAUGCAAAAGAAGUUCUACAAGUUCAUCUUGACCAAGAACUAUGAGGCUUUGAAUUCGAAGAGUGGCGGCGGCUCCUGUUCGCUGAUCAACAUCAUGAUGGACCUGAAGAAGUGCUGCAACCAUCCGUAUCUCUUCCCGUCGGCCGCCGAGGAGGCCACCACCGCCGCCGGCGGCCUCUACGAGAUCAAUUCGCUGACCAAGGCCGCUGGCAAGCUGGUGCUGCUCUCCAAAAUGCUGAAGCAACUGAAGUCGCAGAACCAUCGUGUGCUGAUCUUCUCGCAGAUGACCAAGAUGCUGGACAUUCUAGAGGACUUCCUCGAGGGCGAGCAGUACAAGUACGAGCGCAUUGACGGCGGUAUCACGGGCACGUUGCGUCAGGAGGCCAUCGACAGAUUCAAUGCCCCCGGGGCGCAGCAGUUUGUCUUUCUGCUGAGUACUCGCGCCGGAGGAUUGGGUAUUAAUUUGGCCACGGCCGACACUGUCAUCAUUUACGACUCCGACUGGAAUCCGCACAACGAUAUUCAGGCAUUCUCGCGAGCCCAUCGUAUCGGGCAGGCCAACAAGGUGAUGAUCUAUCGCUUUGUGACCCGCAAUUCGGUGGAGGAGCGUGUGACGCAGGUGGCCAAGCGGAAGAUGAUGCUCACCCAUCUGGUGGUGCGUCCGGGAAUGGGCGGCAAGGGUGCCAACUUCACCAAACAGGAGCUGGACGACAUCCUGCGCUUCGGCACAGAGGACUUGUUCAAGGAGGACGACAAGGAGGAGGCCAUCCACUAUGACGACAAGGCAGUGGCCGAGCUGCUGGACCGCACCAAUCGCGGCAUCGAGGAGAAGGAGUCCUGGGCCAACGAGUAUCUGUCCUCGUUCAAGGUGGCCUCGUAUGCCACCAAGGAGGAGGAGGAGGAAGAGGAGACGGAGAUCAUCAAGCAGGAUGCGGAGAACUCCGACCCGGCCUACUGGGUGAAGCUGUUGCGCCACCACUACGAGCAGCACCAGGAGGAUGUGGGCCGCAGCCUGGGCAAGGGCAAGCGUGUCCGCAAGCAGGUCAACUACACGGACGGCGGCGUUGUGGCUGCGGACACCACGCGGGAUGAUUCCAACUGGCAGGACAAUGGCAGCGAGUACAAUUCGGAGUAUUCGGCUGGCUCCGAUGAGGACGGCGGCGACGAUGACUUCGAUGAGCAGAACGGCGGCGAGCGGAAGGCCAAGCGGCGAUUGGAGCGACGCGACGAUCGUCCCUUGCCCCCACUCUUGGCCCGCGUCGGCGGCAACAUCGAGGUGCUCGGUUUCAAUGCCCGCCAGCGCAAGAGCUUCCUCAAUGCCAUCAUGCGGUACGGAAUGCCGCCGCAGGAUGCCUUCAAUUCGCAGUGGUUGGUGCGCGAUUUGCGCGGCAAAUCCGAACGCAACUUCAAGGCCUACGUCUCGCUGUUCAUGCGGCAUCUCUGUGAGCCCGGUGCCGACAAUGCGGAGACCUUUGCCGACGGUGUACCGCGCGAGGGUCUUUCCCGCCAGCACGUGCUGACCCGAAUCGGGGUGAUGUCGCUCAUCCGCAAGAAGGUGCAGGAGUUCGAGCACAUCAACGGGUACUACAGCAUGCCGGAGCUAAUCCUCAAGCCUUGCGAACCGGUGCGAUCAGCCCUCAAGCAGGAUGUGGCUGCUCUGGAGGCUCCGCCUGCAGGUGGCAAUGUGGACAAGAGCGCAACCACCAGCAAUAGCGCCACUCCAGCCACCAGUGCGGCACCCAGUCCGGCGCCAGCAUCGGAGAAGGGCGAGGAUAAGGACAAGGACUCGGAGAAGGAGAAGGAAGAGAAGGCCUCGGCUGAGAAGAGCGAGGUGAAGCAGGAGCAAGAGGCUGAGGAGGACAAGAAGCCGGGGGAUGUGAAGCAGGAGAACGCGGCGGAGGAAUCAACGGCCGGCGACACAAAGCCCAGCGAGGCGGCGGCGGAGGUCAAAUCCGAGCUGGCCAAGACAGAGCCCAAGGAGGAGGCCAAGGAUCCGGACCUAAAGGAAGAGCCCAAGGCGGAGGAGAAGGAAAGGGAGAAGGUCGAGGACAAGAAGCCAAUACCAGCGACAACAGUGAUCGAUGACGACGACGACGAUGUGAUGAUCGUCAAGGAGGACGGUGAGCUGGAGAAGCCCAGUGCCAGUUCGCCCAAGGAUCACAAGGCGGCCGCUGCUGCCGCCGCUGCUGCUGCCGCUGCCACUGGAGCCGCCGCUGGCAAGGGAGUGGAGGACAGCCUGGAGGUGCUGAAGCGCAAGUUCAUGUUCAACAUCGCCGACGGCGGCUUCACCGAACUGCACACCUUGUGGCUCAACGAGGAGAAGGCCGCUGUUCCCGGCAGGGAGUACGAGAUCUGGCACCGUCGCCACGACUACUGGCUGCUGGCCGGCAUCGUGACCCACGGCUAUGGACGCUGGCAGGACAUCCAGAAUGACAUUCGCUUUGCGAUCAUCAACGAGCCCUUCAAGAUGGACGUCGGCAAGGGCAAUUUCCUGGAGAUCAAGAACAAGUUCCUGGCCCGCCGCUUCAAGCUGCUGGAACAGGCGCUGGUUAUCGAGGAGCAGCUGCGUCGCGCGGCCUACCUGAAUCUCGCCCAGGACCCCAGCCAUCCUGCCAUGUCGCUGAACGCCCGGUUCGCCGAGGUCGAGUGCCUGGCCGAGUCGCAUCAGCAUCUCAGCAAGGAAUCGCUGGCGGGCAACAAGCCCGCCAACGCGGUGCUCCACAAGGUGCUCAACCAGCUGGAGGAGCUGCUCUCGGACAUGAAGAGCGAUGUGUCCCGGCUGCCAGCCACCCUGGCCCGCAUCCCGCCGGUGGCCCAGCGGCUCCAGAUGUCCGAGCGAUCGAUUCUCUCCCGCCUGGCGGCCACCGCCGGAAACGCCUCGAAUGCUGCUCAAUUAAUGGCACAAUUCCCGGCUGGAUUCCAGGGCACAACAUUGCCAGCAUUCACCAGCGGUCCGGCCGGCAACUUUGCCAACUUCCGGCCACAGUUUUCGGUGCCCGGCCAGCUAUCGAAUAAUUCCGGCGUCUAGGCAUCUCCUCAAUAUCUAUGUUAAGAGCAUUCGUAUUCCAUGCAAAUAUACUUUACUCAAGCUAAGAAUUUAAAUUUCCUCACACGAAAACACCUGCACACCCCCUACCUAUAUAUUUAUGAUAAUCAUUUGCAAUGAAACCCCCCCCGAUAACAAACAAAAAACAAAAAAAAUGGACCCAUGUCGCGUUCACACAAAUAACUAAUUCAAAAGGUUUGACAUUUGGCGGAUGGCGAGCUCUGUUCCAGGCUUCGGAUUCUGCUCCUGGGGCGGAUCUCAGCAGAACACGACUCGCGGCCAAUAAACAUACGACAAGUAUAAUAGUUCUUAUUUACUUCUUUACUACGUGAUUACAUAAUCUAGAUACAAAAUAUAAAUGUAUUGAAUUCCAUUGCAAUAAAA